CGGCGGCGGCAGCGGCAGCUCGGGCUCCCCGCGCGCUGCGACCCCCCGGCCCCGGCCCCGCCCGGCCCCGCGCCCGCCCCCAUGGAGCUGCUGGCCGCCGCCUUCAGCGCCGCCUGCGCCGUGGACCACGACAGCUCCACCUCGGAGAGCGACACGCGCGACUCGGCGGGACACCUGCCCGGCAGCGAGUCGUCGUCCACCCCGGGAAAUGGGACCACGCCCGAGGAGUGCCCCGCGCUCGCCGACAGCCCCACCACGCUCACCGAAGCCCUGCAAAUGAUUCACCCCAUCCCCGCCGACUCCUGGAGAAUCCUCAUCGAGCAGAUAGGGCUCCUGUACCAGGAAUACCGCGACAAAUCCACGCUCCAAGAAAUCGAGACCAGGAGGAAGCAGGAUGCUGAGAUCGAAGCCGGGGACGACGGGUCCCCGGCCAGCGAGGAGGCCCCCGAAGAAGAGGAGGAGGAGGCCGAGGAGGAGGAGCCCGCCAGCACCCCGGAGAGGAAGACUUUGCCCCAGAUCUGCCUCCUCAGUAACCCACACUCCAGGUUCAACCUCUGGCAGGACCUCCCCGAGAUCCGGAGCAGCGGGGUGUUGGACAUCCUCCAGCCCGAGGAGAUCAAGCUGCAGGAGGCCAUGUUUGAGCUGGUCACCUCGGAGGCUUCCUACUACAAGAGCCUGAAUCUGCUAGUGUCCCACUUCGUGGACAACGAGCGGCUGAAGAAGAUCCUGCACCCGGCAGAGGCGCACAUUCUCUUCUCCAAUGUGCUGGACGUCAUGGCUGUCAGCGAGCGGUUUCUGCUGGAGCUGGAGCGGCGGAUGGAGGAAAGCAUCGUCAUCUCAGACGUGUGUGACAUCGUGUACCGAUAUGCAGCCAACCACUUCUCCGUGUACAUCACCUACGUCAGCAACCAGACGUACCAGGAGAGGACCUACAAGCAGCUGCUCCAGGAGAAGGCAGCAUUCCGGGAGCUGAUCACGCAGCUGGAGCUUGACCCCAAGUGCAAGGGGCUGCCCCUCUCCUCCUUCCUCAUCUUGCCUUUCCAGAGGAUCACGCGCCUCAAGCUGCUGGUGCAGAACAUCCUGAAGAGAGUGGAGGAGCGCUCGGAGCGGGAGGGCACCGCCCUGGACGCCCACAAGGAGCUGGAGAUGGUGGUGAAAGCCUGCAACGAGGGCGUCCGGAAGAUGAGCCGCACAGAGCAGAUGGUCAGCAUCCAGAAGAAGAUGGAGUUCAAGAUCAAGUCGGUGCCCAUCAUCUCGCACUCGCGCUGGCUGCUGAAGCAGGGGGAACUGCAGCAGAUGUCGGGCCCCAAGACGUCCCGGACGCUGCGCACCAAGAAGCUGUUCCAGGAGAUUUACCUCUUCCUCUUCAACGACCUGCUGCUCAUCUGCCGCCAGAUCCCGGGGGACAAGUUCCAGGUGUUCGACUCGGCGCCGCGGGGCCUCCUGCGCGUGGAGGAGCUGGAGGACCAGGGCCAGACGCUGGCCAACGUGUUCAUCCUGCGGCUGCUGGAGAACGCCGACGACAGGGAGGCCACCUACAUGCUGAAGGCCACGUCCCAGAGUGAGAUGAAGCGGUGGAUGACUUCGCUGGCCCCCAACCGGAGGACCAAGUUUGUCUCCUUCACAUCCAGGCUUCUGGACUGCCCACAGGUCCAGUGCGUGCACCCAUACGUGUCCCAGCAGCCGGACGAGCUGACCCUGGAUCUGGCCGAUAUCCUCAACAUCCUGGAGAAGACGGAGGACGGCUGGAUCUUCGGCGAGCGCCUGCAUGACCAGGAGCGAGGCUGGUUCCCCAGUUCCAUGACCGAGGAGAUCCUGAACCCCAAGAUCCGGUCCCAGAACCUCAAGGAGUGUUUCCGGGUGCACAAGAUGGAUGACCCCCAGCGCAGCCAGAACAAAGAGCGCCGGAAGCUGGGAAGCCGGAGCCGACAGUGACCCGCGGGGGAGGCGCUGGGACAGACGGGCCACGUGUGUGUCUCGGCCACGUCUGCUCCAGAUCCGUGGGACGGACCUUCCUGUCUCCUGGAGGGUGACAGGGCCGGCAUGCCGCGGGCGCCCCACACCCAGGGUGAGGCUGCGGGCGGGCGCCGAGGUGCCUCUCCUGCCCCCUGCACGCGUCCCUCUGUGCCCCGAAGCCCCUGGACCCACCAGGAGGGCAGACAGGCCGUCCAGACCGGGCCCUGUGCCCGCAGCCCUGUGGCCCUCCUCGGGCUGAUGGGCCGCAUGUCGCCGGUGUCCUCUGGCCUCUGCGGGAGCCCAGGGGCCGUGAGGGGUGACGGCCACUGCAUCUGGGAUGGGUUAUGGGUCCAGGAAAAGCAAACCUCGUUGUUGGCUGCAUUAAAAGAAGCAUCAUGUAUAAAACGGG